CGCUCGUCGUGCUUCAUCAGUUCGGUUUCAACUGCGAUUUCGACCAGCAAAUGAUGCAUUCGAAGACUUGCUGCGCGUUAUUCCUGCUGGCGUUAGUCGCCUGCCAGGCCGCACCCUCAUCUAAGAUAAUCGAGAAGAAGUCGAUCAGCGAGACGGAGACCAAGCUCGCCGAAGAAACCCUCAAUCCAGAAGAUACCGGUGCGGACAAGGAUAGGGCAAAGAAGUCGACGACUUUCUGCGUGGAACUCCGCUCGGGAAAAGAAGAGGUAGUUCCUUGUAGGAACCAGGAGAUAAAACAAUAUCCGGUUCCAAAUAUCAAGCCAUCAUAUGCUGUCGUGCAAACCGCACCAGCACCACAGUUUCCACUUUCAAAUGUCUUGGUCCAGCCGGUGCCAUCGCAACCACAGCCUUCUCAAAUAGUUGUUCAGCCGAACUAUUAUCAAGUUCCUGAGCCAGUUCCACAGUUCAUCCAGGUUCAAUCGCAACAGCCCUCCGUUGUAGAACCAGCGCCUCAAAAAUCGCAUCAGACUGUAAUACAGCCUGUUGCAACAGCUCCUGCUCCAACGCCAAUCAUUAACAUCAUUCCGGCUCCCGUCUCUCCACCCUGUGAACAUGCACCCCAAAAGCCUCAACCACCGCAAGAACAGAUUCACACAGUCCACAUCGUUCAACCCAAACCGGAACCGCAACCGCAAUCUAAGCCAGUAUUGGAACCGAAAGUGGAAGUGAAAGAAAAGCCGGUGCCACAGAGAGUGGAAGUUGCACCUAUAGUAACUCCUUCCUGCAAAUCCGAAUUGAUAAUUGCACCGACUCCUGUGGAAUAUUAUCCUGUGGCUGUUCGUCAAGAAGAGCCGGCAAGAUUAGUCGAGUAUGUAGAAGCACCUCAGCAAGAAUAUGAGUGCAGUUGUCGAACCGAACAUCAGUAUCCUACGAGAACCAGGCCCUACAAGCAUCAAGUAAAGUUAUAUCCUAGCAGCGGCGCAUCUUUUAGAGCCUCCCCGAUUAUGUCCAUGCAAUACAAUCCCAACAUAGAAAGUGAUAGCGCAUCGCCCAUUUUUACACAGACCAGAGAAGCGGAAGCAAGGCAUCAUAAAAAAAAGCAACCUUUGUAUCCUGUACAAGUGCAAGUGCAACCUGCCAUAUAUAGUUCUCCCAACUAUCCUUCUAAAUAUGAACCUGAUUCGUAUCAAUCGUAUUCUUAUAAAUAUGAACCUGAUUCGUAUCAAUCGUAUCGUCCAGUAUAUAUUAGCCCUACCUAUUAUCCUGAGACAAAUUACUACUCCAAGGAAAACACUCCCUAUAGUAGUGUACCGUUGGUCACCGUAAACACAGGGGGACCAUUUUAUAGGAAUUCACAAGAUUCUGAGGGGAUUAAUACAAGCCCACAAGAAGCCCUUUCAAAUCUAAACGAAAUCUCUAACAAUCAAAAGCGAGAGGCUAGCUCCAUUCAAUUGAAGAAUGGCGAACAGAGAGAAACCGCAAAGGGAUUACCAGUGGAAAGCAUUCAGCAAACACUUACAAAAACCGAAGUCGAAAAUAUGAAAUGAAAAGAAGAAUAGGACAAGCUUUCGAAUUUUUAAAUCAUCAUACAUAUGCCGAAAUAAUUUGUAACUUGAUUUAAUGUAAACACGUAUAACCAUAUUAUUAUUUACAUAUAUCGUUAUUAAUUUUU